AGUGCUGGCCGGCUGGCGAGGUGGAGGACGGGGAGAGAAGAAGAAGGAGGAUCCGGGAGCAAGCGACAACAAAAAGGGUCUGGCCUGGGACUUGGCAAAACGGGGUUCAUCGAAGGGUCAUCAUUUUUUGUUCCUUUGAUAUUAUUUCUCAUAUUUGAAGCUUCUUCUGAUUUCCAUUGAGAAUAUCAUCCAUACGAUUUGCACUCUUGGCGAUGCCGUCCAACACUGUUGCCACCACCAACACCGCUGCAUUCCAAAGCUUAGACUACACCUGCGAUGCACCUGGGAACAGAAUGAGGGAGAGCACGAUACUGGACAAGGAGCUGGUGCCAGAGGAGAAACCAGCUAACAGCAACACCACCUGUAAAGAGGGCCAGCCUGCUGGGAGGAAACACAAGCAGAUACCUGCGGAGGGCAGUGUGUCUGUGAAGGACAGUGUGGCCAGAGGCGGGGGCAACAGUCACACCGGGGUGGCAGCGGAGAGAGAGAGAACGUCUGUGUCUGUGGCGCAGGUGCACAAUGGAGACGUGAGCAGUGGGCACGCAGACAGAGACAGAGACAGGACCCAGGCUGAUGCCAGCGGCUGCCCCAAGCAAGAGAGGAAAGCUCCAGAGAAGAACGGGUUACCAGGUGCCCCUGGUUCCCCCAGUGCCCCUGCCAGUCAGGCUGAAGAAGGCCCCCCCGGACUCCCCACCCUCCUGGGUCAGAGCCGGAGCCUGAGCCCCCCCUCCCUGGAGAACAGGUUUCUAGUGAGCCGGAAGCCGAGCCGGGAGCCGAGCCGGGAGCCGAGCCGGGACGACUCUGACAAAGACAAAGAGGAGACUCUGACAACUCCGCCACGCAAGAAACGAGGCAGGCGGAAACUGGAGCGCCCAACAAAAUAUGUGGAGCAGAAGGAGGAGGAUGGAGGUGAUGCAGUCAAGAACCAGGGAGUUGGAGGCCCUGGGACAGGCAGGCUGCGUGGCUCCGUCAGUCUGCGUCAGAGGCCCAUGCCCAGAGUAACCUUCCAGGCCGGUGACCCAUAUUACAUUAGCAAGAGGACCAGGGAGGAGUGGCUGGCCAAGUGGAAGAUGGAGGCAGAGAAAAAAGCCCAACUGGUGUCAGUGUUGAACUUAAUGGAGGACCAUGAGGAGAUGGAACCUGAGCCACAACAGAAAGAAGAGGUGUCAGUCAUUACACCCCACCAGCAACAACAACAACAACAACAACAACAACAACAACAACAACAACAACAACAACAACAACAGCAGCAGCAGCAGCCCACGGACCCAGCGUCCCCUACUGUGGCCACCACACCUGAACCUGUCCCCAUGGUAGGAGGGGACAAGACGUCCCCCAAGACUGCCGGUACUGAGCCGGAGUAUGAGGACGGGCGGGAUUUCGGCAUUGGGGAGCUGGUAUGGGGGAAGCUGAGGGGGUUUUCCUGGUGGCCUGGUCGUAUUGUCUCCUGGUGGAUGACCGGACGCAGCCGAGCUGCCGAGGGGACACGAUGGGUCAUGUGGUUCGGUGACGGAAAAUUCUCAGUGGUGUGUGUAGAGAAACUGUUGCCUUUCAGUUCCUUCGCCAACGCCUUCCACCAGCCCACCUUCAUCAAGCAGCCCAUGUAUAAGAAAGCCAUCUACGAGGUGCUACAGGUGGCUAGCACCCGAGCAGGCAAAGCCUUCCUAGCCUGUCCAAAGAGCGAUCAGACAGACACCUCCAAGUCAGUGGAUCUACACAACAACCAGAUGAUAGAUUGGGCUGUGACAGGCUUCCAACCCACCGGACCCAAGGGCCUAGAGCCACCAGACGAGGAGCGCAAUCCAUAUAAGGAGGUGUACCCUGACGUGUGGGUGGAGCCAGAGGCGGCAGCCUACACGCCCCCUCCAGCCAAAAAGCCUCGCAAAAGCACAGCAGCCGAGAAACCCAAGGUCAAGGAGAUGAUUGACGAGGGGACGAGAGAGAGACUUGUGUAUGAAGUGAGACAGAAGUGCAGAAGCAUAGAGGACAUCUGCAUCUCCUGUGGAAGUUUGAAUGUUUCCCGUGAACACCCUCUGUUUGCUGGAGGAAUGUGCCAGAGCUGCAAAAACUGCUUUCUAGAAUGUGCGUAUCAGUAUGACGACGAUGGUUACCAGUCAUACUGCACCAUCUGCUGUGGGGGACGAGAGGUGCUCAUGUGUGGAAACAACAACUGCUGCAGGUGUUUCUGUGUGGAGUGUGUUGACCUACUGGUGGGGCCAGGCGCAGCACAGAUAGCUAUAAAAGAGGAUCCCUGGUGCUGCUACAUGUGUGAGAAGGGUCAGAAGGGGGUGUUCGGCCUGCUGGAGCGUCACACUGACUGGCCAUGCCGUCUACAGCACUUCUUCGCUAACAAUCAUGACCAAGAUUUUGAACAACCAAAGCUUUACCCUCCAGUCAUGGCAGAGAAGAGACAACCUAUUCGUGUCCUGUCACUGUUCGACGGCAUAGCAACAGGUCUGCUGGUGCUAAAGGAGCUGGGUAUCCAGGUGGAGCGCUACGUGGCGUCGGAGGUGUGUGACGACUCCAUCACGGUUGGCAUCGUCAGGCAUCAGGGACGCAUCAUGUACGUGGGCGACGUGAGGAACGUCACACGCAAACAUUUACACGAAUGGGGCCCCUUUGACUUAGUGAUUGGUGGAAGUCCGUGUAACGACCUCUCUAUUGUCAACCCAGCUAGGAAGGGUCUUUAUGAGGGCACUGGUCGGCUGUUCUUUGAGUUCUACCGCCUGCUGCACGAGGCUCGGCCCAAAGAGGGCGACAACCGGCCGUUCUUCUGGCUCUUUGAAAACGUGGUGGCAAUGGGUGUCAGUGACAAGAGGGACAUCUCUCGCUUUCUAGAGUGUAACCCGGUGAUGAUCGAUGCCAAGGAGGUGACUGCUGCCCACCGUGCCCGCUACUUCUGGGGCAACCUGCCUGGCAUGAACAGGUUGGUGAGAGAACGACCCUUGACGGCCAUGUGCACUGACAGACUAGACCUUCAGGACUGUUUGGAGCACGGCAGAACAGCGAAGUUUGGCAAAGUGAGGACCAUCACCACUCGCUCUAAUUCCAUUAAGCAGGGUAAAGACCAGCACUUUCCCGUCUUCAUGAACGAGAAGGAGGACAUUCUCUGGUGCACUGAGAUGGAGAGGGUGUUUGGCUUCCCAGUCCAUUACACAGACGUGUCCAACAUGAGUCGGCUGGCCAGGCAAAGGCUUCUGGGAAGGUCGUGGAGUGUACCGGUCAUCCGCCACUUGUUUGCACCACUCAAAGAAUACUUUGCCUGUGUUUAACAAGACUUGGCUCAACAAACCAUCACAAACAUAUAACUGAUGUUGUAACUAGAAACAUGAGCAUUGGUGAAAUUAUACUACUCCCUGGUAUCAUUUCCCAGGCAAGCAAAACAUCAUCAACGUAAAUAUUUCACAUUAUUUCUAGUAAUUUGAAAUGUUCUUCUUAUUCUAUUUAAUAUGUAUAUGUAAUUUUACCUUUUAGCAGUGUUAUCCAGUGUUAUUUUUUAAAUUGAUUUAUUUGUGCAAGCUAUACUUGAGACAAGGCUUUCUUCUCAAGGCACUGAGAAAGAAGUAACUAGGAUCUGUGUGGUUUUUAGAAUAAGGACUGGGAUUGGAUGAUUGGAAAAUAUCUGAAAGAGAGUUUAUGAUACUGUAUGUGCAGUAUGUAUGUGAAAGAUGUUGGCUGUGUAGGCAUGAUUUUCUAUUGGCCAAUAUCUGAAGUGGGUGAAGCAAGCCACCGAUAGUAUAGUCAUGUUGUGUUUUGAUUCCUCCAGCUACUGAGCCUCGCAGAGCUAAAGUGAAUAAGGGUGAUUUUCUUCAGUGUGACAGAAAGCUGUGUCUUAAUGAAUCCAAAACACCAGAUCACAUAUACCUCUUUGUUUAAAGUUUAUAUACACAGUUAACUGAAGGUAAAGGUACUACUGUAAAAUGGUUCCAAUACCCAUGGUGCUUCACGACGAUAGGAAGCAUCACAGUCCAUGUGGCACAGGCACUACACUUUAGACAAGAUGGGAAUUUUAAAGAUAACAUCGCCUGGAAGGUUUUUUUUUUCAGUGUAAUGUUUUGACUAUUUAAAUAAGUUCUGUGUUAUUUUAGUAACUUUAAAUGAUUUCAAAGUGGCGAUUAAUGAAGGCGUGGUGACAGAAGACUGCAGAAUAAUAUGCCAUAUCCUCUUUUCUGUUUUACAGCUUUUAUAAACAUCAAUUCUACUGGUGUUUUUUAAAUCAUUUUUUCAAGCCUUGCUACAUAUAAACUCAGGCUCCCAUGCAUGCCUGUGUCUAACUCUGCACAAACAGAAAAUGAAGCUAGCCACAUGGGCAGUGAUGUAUUCUGUCGUUACAACAACAACAACAACAUACCUUAAGAUCAAAGUCAGUGGUGAACUACUUUUUUCAAGUUUCAUCCUGACCAAUGUCGUUACUGUACAACUGUUAGUGAGCAUGGUGGUUGGACUGGAGGGAGGGCGGGUGGCCUGGGUUUUCCACAACAAAGUAAAGACUCUCCUUCCCUUUUCACCCCUGCAAACUACAUACUGUCAGGUGCAAAUCUUCUAACAAUAUGGUGCGGCUUCACAAUGUUCUUCUACCUUUUUAUAGCAAUUUUGUGCUGUUUUACCAACAUUAUAAAGCACUUUUGAUAUGUAUACUUCCUUUUUUUUCUUUAGUAUUUUAAAAUGUUUCUUCUUGGUUUUUCUUGUGAAAUGUUAUGUUUUUGUUUUUAUGAUGUAAACUGUUCUACAGCUGUGUAAUACAGUAUGUUUUCUAUACAGUAGGGCUGUGCCAAUAGAAGUGGAAGAAUGGACUCAUAGAAUUAUGUUAAAUCCAUGUAUCCAUGGAAAUGAUUGAUUAUUGAUCCUACUCAAUGUACAGUAGAUGAAUAGAAAAUGAUUGAUGUGCCCCAUUUCCAUAUCGUCUUCUGUUGAGAGCCGUAAUUCAGUAUGUCAUCCUCUGGAUAAAAAAAGAAUGUGUCUAUUUCUAUUAAGAUUGUAGGAUUUAAAACAGAGUUAAGGAACUAUGUUGUACCGUAUGUUUGUAACGUUACCUUCCCAAAUGUAUAACAGACCGCAGAUGCAAUGUCCUCUGCACUUUCCUCUUGUAGACCACAAAUAAUUAGAAAAAGCGAGAGAGCGAGAGAGAGUGAUAGAGAGACAGAUUUUCAAACCAUUAUUACAGGGCCAGCUACAGGCAUAAGGAAUAGCUUAUGGCCCCAGGCCGGGUUUUUUUUU